CUCGACGUGCACUGACGGAAGAACGGGGAAAGGUGCUUGACAAAUGGUGGGCAAUUAAUAAUUUGAGAUUCAUGAAAUUUCCCAUCUCCCCCACGCUUUCCGAUAUGCCCUCAGAGAUUCUUGUUCAAGUUUUUGAAAAAUUUGAUUCUAUAGAACAUUAAGUUGCUUUGACUUUUACAACAAAAAUAUUCGGUAUAAAAAUGUUCUGACUUAUUUGUCGAAAAGUUUGUCGAAGUCUGAAGCCCGCCGUGGAAAAAAUUGAAAUUCAUUUUGAUUCUAUUUCGUUUGAAGUAUUUAAUAAAAAUGUUAUUAUGAAAUUGGAUGGAUUAAAAAUUCUCUACAAUGAUGUCGCAAGAGUUUUCCCACAAACCGACACACAGACCGACCUGGUAGUGGAGAGGACAACAUCUUUAUUCAAUCCAGUCAGUGAAGUGGAAUUAAACUGGGCUUCAAGGAAGAAAUGGCACAACGGAAAAGGUCACAAAUGACUACUGAUAUUAUAUCAGUAGCUCAACAUGUUAUCACAACGUCGUACAUAACUGUUAUCUUAUUUGGAAAUAUUGGAAAUGUGUGGGUCUCCUGGAAGGUCGGAAUCGUAUUUGUAUUUGAUAAAUCAUCUCUGGUACCCCGAAACAUUGUGAUGCUCAUUUUGUUCAUUUGCGUCGCCGAUCUCCUGGUACUUCUACACCUCACACUUUUCGUGCACUUCCAGUUCGAGAAGCAGUGGAUUUUUGGGAACAUCGUCUGUAAGUCAUUCUACUGCAUCGAGGUGGUCAACAAACUCAUCAUCCCAUUGGCUCUUCUCCGUAUCAGCAGGGAGUCUUACGAAUCUGUUCGAAUGACGUCACACAAAUGCUCCAAAAAGAGGCGGAGCAUAUGGAAUAUUGUAUUUCAGCUGUACUCUGUUAUGGCGUUGAUUGCAGUCGGAGUUUUGACGAUAUCCGUACUAAUUUUUGCGGAAACUCGAACUUACGAAAUUCCACGACACGGAGAGCUCACUGCAGUCACCAUGUGCAUUUUCCACCCUCCUCAUCCAUAUGCAAUGGUGUUCAAUAUCUUAGCGUUUGUGUUUGGCUACGGAUUCACUAGCGCUGCCUACAUGUACUUUUAUUUGAGGGUCCCCAUGAUCUUGAAGAGGAGAUAUUCGUCUAUUAAAACUACUAGUAGUAAUUCUACACGAUUUAAUCACCAAUCAAUACUAAAAAUCCGCCAUACCGUAAACGCUUUCGUGGUGGUCUAUAUGGCCUGUUGGACCCCCUACUGGGCUCUUUUCUGGCUUUUCUUCACAUUUCCCCCGUCGAAUAAUUGGAUGGUGAUCAUAUCUCAAAUGGCUCACCUGCUACCGUACAUCUCGUGUGCCGCCUAUCCGAUUAUCCUAACUUUUAUCAAUAAGGGAAUCCGCAACGCCCACUCGACUAUUAUGACGAGCCAGAGGAAGAAGCUGAUGACUAUAAGAGCGGGGGCUUAUCAGAUGAUAACUGCACAGCUCGGGUUUGUGCAAACUUGGCUCCGCGACGACAAUACUCUUGCUCCAACACUAAUCAGGCCGCGGUGGAGCUCCUCCGGCAGUGUAGUGCCUACCGAAAUCCACGUGGAAAGUGUGGUGGAGGACGAGGAGACGGAGCCGGCGGCUCCGCAAAUUUACUUGUAACUUUGAAAAUAUUAAUGCAUGGAAAUUGUACUAAAACAGAAAACGAGUUUGAGUUGUAAUAAAUUAUUAAUUUU